UUGAUUCAGACGUCGAACUUUCCAUGCGGCGAAUCUAAUGCAUAUAUUAUUAUAACGUAUAUUACAAGCAGUUUCUCUAUUCUGAAGUGUUUUGGUUCAAACUAAAUUGAGUUCUGCAAAUUAAGUUCGACGUCUGAAUCAUCAAGCAUAUACUUUUGAUAAUUUGGGUUGGUCCGAACUCGAAUUAAGUUCUGCUUAUGAAAAGUUUGGCGUCUGAACUGGGCCUUAGUAGGAAGACGAAGCAUUCUGGUUUCAGAAUGUCGUGACUUGUGAUUCCAAGGAAUCAAUGCUCUUAUUCAGCAUAAUUGUUUAAAAACCUCCCAAUCUGUUUCCUCCAUUAGGUCAGGCUCAAAACCAACAUUGGUGCUUGGUAUUGCACACGACUACGGUGCAAUAUGGGACAUUAGCUGGUGUCCAUCAGGGACUUGGGAGCCUGCCUCGUCCAUGAAAAACCAAACAGAUGUUCUUCCACGUCUUGGGGUAAUGGCUUUAGCUUGUGGUGAUGGUUUGGUUCGUAUUUUGAGUAUUCCCUGGCCGUCAGCGUUACUCUCUGCUAUGGGUUCCGCGGAUUCAGACAAGCAGUCCCUUUAUCCUCCUGUUAUAGUGAGUCCCACUCCUCAUGCUGUGUUGAUGCCAUGUGCCUUGGGCGUGGCCUACAAUGGGGAGAGUGGCCAAGCCUGGCGUGCCAAAUGGUUCCCAUGUGCCAUUCAUGAGAAGAUUGCCACUGGCUUUUCUGAUGGGACUGUAGCAAUCUGGAAUCUCUUGAAAGAGUCGCCAUUGUUAAUGGAAACAAUGUAUGGUGGAACACAGACUUUUCGUCUAGCUCCAUUUCUUCACAUUGCAGCCAAUUCAUCGGUCGUCAAAGACUUGGCCUGGUGCCCUCAAUAUCCAGAGUACCUUGUCACAGGUAGCUACGAUCGAUGGUACAAAAUAUGGAAUCUCAAUUCUCCUUUAAAGCCUGUAACUGUUCUAAAACGAGGAAUAUCCCAUGAGCUUCACUGGUCUGUUGGGUUUGGUUCUAUAGUGGGCUGUGAAGAUGAUUCUUUCCAGAAUCUGAAGUAUCCAUGUGUUGCAAGGUUUUUUACUUUUGUAAGCACCAAAGAUGAACGACUAACGAGCCUGGCGACCGCUCACAAUAGUGCAAUCUGGACUCUGUCCGUGUCUGAUUGGACAAAAGUCUUGAUCACUGGAGAUGCCAGUGGUGAAGUGGUUGGAAUUCAACUGGCGAAAAGAAGAAGAAGACCCUUUUCCAAAUUUAGUAUUUAUAGGGUGUACUUGGAAGAACUUGAUCGUGGCACGUCAUUACUUUCGAAAGAACAAGAACCGAAAGACGUCACCAGUAUGGAGGAUACGAACAAUUCCGACAUAUUAGACGAAAGUCAAGUAAAUAAAUGCAUUGAUAAGAGCUUAGGUGCAAGCACUUCCGAGGAAAAAGGUGCAUGUACGAACAACGAUAAAGAUGCAUGCACUUCCAAGGAAGCAUCAACUUCUGAAGAAAAGAAGAAUGUAACACCACCAACGACUGCUGCAGAAGUGUUUCAGAAUCAUCGACUCGUUUUCCACGACGUAAACGCUCUGGAAUUCCAAAAUAGUAUCGAAAGAUCAGAUCCAGAUUUCAGACGCCUUCUCAAUCCUAGCACCAUGCAGAGUGCUCCGUAUGACUGCUUCGUCAAUCCUCAGGCGAUACACAAGGUAGUUGGAUCAAUCCUUUACUAUUGCGUUGCGUGAUUCGUGGUAAGCGAGUGAGUUGUAACACAAUCCAGGAAGGGAAGGAGGGAGAUGGAGGGCAAUCAACAAAGAUCAAGUGACCGGAUCGAAGAUCACUUCGUACUGCCAUGGUCGUAAUUAAAGUGUUUUGUUUUCUAACCUUAAUGUAUUGGCUGUCUCUUUUUCUCAUACGGAACGCUAUUAAA